AUGGCUCAACAGCAGCAGCAACCGCCCGACGGCGCCGUUUCUGCCGAGCCCGCCACCGAGCACUCGCCCCUCCUGAACCACGUUCACGUUCACGCCCGCGCCAACGGCAGCCCACGAAGCCCGUCAGCCGAUGCCGGGCCGCCCGCCAACGGCCACGGCGCCGCCGUCAAGCAUGCUGCCCCGGCCGACGAGGAGCAGGCGCGCGCGCACGGCGACCGCGGGUUCAGUAGGGCCCAGGUGGCCCGCAUCAUUUCAGUCCUUCUCAUCGGCGUCUUCGUGGCCAACGCCGACGGCUCGCUGCUCAUGGCCACGCACCCCAUCAUCGCCUCCGACUUCAACGAGCUGUCGGCGUCGAGCUGGCUCAUCACCAGCUUCUCGCUCGCGGCUGCCGCCACCCAGACCUUGUACGGCAAGCUGAGCGACAUCUACGGCCGCAAGUGGCUGGUCAUUGUCGCGUACAGCGUGUUUGCCCUGGGCUGUGCCAUCAUUUCCGUCGGCCAGACCAUGUGGCAGGUCGUGCUGGGGCGCGUCAUCUCGGGCGCUGGCGCCUCGGGCAUGACGACGCUGGUGUCGGUGCUGAUCACCGAUAUGCUGCCCAUCAGGGAGGUUGCCCAGUGGCGCUCGUUCGUCAACAUCAUCGCCACCACCGGCCGGAGCGUGGGAGGGCCCCUGGGCGGCUGGCUGGCCGAUGUCAUCGGAUGGCGGUGGUCCUUCUCGGGCCAGGUGCCCGUCAUCGGCGUCGCCAUCGUGCUCUGCGCCAUCUACCUGCCGGGGCCCAACAGCGCCCCCGCCGCUUCCACCGGCACCGCAGCAGCAACACCUACUAGCGGCGACAACAGCAGCACCCCGCUCGUCAGCCGCAAGAGCAAGUUCAGCCGCAUCGACUUCAAGGGGUCCUUCGUCUUCGCGCUCAUGAUCCUGGCGCUGCUGUUCCCCAUGGAGCUCGGCGGCGUGACGGUGCCCUGGUCGCACCCGCUGAUCGCCGGCCUGUUUGUGCUCAGCGCGGCUCUGUUGGCCGUUUUCAUCGCCGUCGAGCGCCGCGCGCCCGAACCCAUCCUGCCGCUCGACAUCUUCAACCGCGACGCUUCAUUUUCAUUUCUCAUCAUGGGGCUGCAGUCGGCCGCGCAGAUUGGCCUCAUGUUCACGGUGCCCAUCUACUUCAAAGUCACGGCGAGCGUGUCCAACACGUCGGCCGGCGCGCACCUAGUCCCAGCCGUCGUGGCCAACGCCGUGGGCGGCGUGCUCUCAGGGCUGAUCAUCAACCGGUCUGGAAAGUACAAGUUCCUCGUCAUCUUCGCCGUGGCUUGCUCGUCGUGCGGCUACCUGCUACUGAUGCUGACGUGGCACGGUCACACGAACUGGUUCGAGUCGCUGUACAUCAUGCCGGGCGGCUUCGGCACGGGCAUCGCGCAGAGCGCCGUGUUCAUCUCACUGCAGGCCGUCGUCGACCCGGCGCACAUGGCGCCCGCCGUGGCCUUCAUGUACUUGUCUAGCACGGUGUGGUUCAUGGUCGGGCUGGCGGCGACCAACGCUGUCCUCCAAACUACGCUACGACGCAGCCUACUGCGGCGGCUGCUGGCCAUCGGGCUGGACCACGCCGCGAUCCAAAAGAUCAUCGCGAGCGCCAUCUCCGACGUCGACUUUGUCGAUCGCAUGCGCGGCGCCGCGCGCACCGCCGUCAUCAGCGCCUACGUGGACGCGCUGUGGUGGAGCCAUGGCGUGCCGUUCAUCUGCUCCGUAACGGCGCUUGGGAUUGCCAUCUUCCUCAAGCAGAGGCGCAUCGACAGGUAG